AGUUUGAAGAUGCACACGCACAAGUGCUGUUUAAUCUUGCUCUUCAUUUGUGUGGAAGGUGUGUUUGGUGCUGCUCCAGAUGUAAUGAAGUCGGUGACUGAGGGAGAUUCUGUCACUCUAAACACUGAUGUUACUGAACUACAGAGAGAUGAUCAGAUACUGUGGAUGUUUGGACCUAAAGAGACCCGUAUAGCUGAAAUAUAUAAGCUUGUGAUUGAUAUGUUUAACAGUCAUGAGAUAUUUGGAGACAGACUGAAGCUGGACAAUCAGACUGGAUCUCUGACCAUCAGAAACACCAGAAGCACAGACUCUGGGCUUUAUAAACGACAGAUCCGCAGCAACAGAGGGAACUCAGACAAGAUAUUUAAUGUUACUGUCUAUGACUUUCCCAGCAGUUCUUCGAGUGUGACGCCAUCGUUGAUUUAUGCUGUGGUGGGCGUGGCCUCUGUCGCUCUGCUUGUUUUUUUACGUCAGAUCUAGAAUGGGCGUGAACAAGAAAAAGCCAGCAUCACAACCUCACUCACGCCAUUCUCUUCUGCAGACACGAGGAGGCAGUAACUCAUAAUUGUUCAAUCGAAUUCACAUCCACUUUGUAAUGUAAAAUAGAGCAAAGGUGCUUCUAAUACAGUGGUUCUCAAUUUUUUUAACUACUCAUUUAAAACUGUGUUUCACCAUUUUAAAGAGGCAGUGUGUCAUAACCAAAUAAAUUAAGGUGAUUCUAAAAAUCAUAAUUUGCUCACCCUCCGGUCUAAUUAACACACUGAAUUUUAUUUACAAAUUGUAUUAAUUUACAAACACAUUGAAAGUCACUGACCUAAAGCAUGAACAAACACCUUCAUAAACAGUGUUGUAAUUGGAGUUAAAUUUCAAACUCUUUAUUUUUGGAAAUAACCGACUUCUGAUUUUCUGGAACGUUGGGAUUUCUAUAAAAACACUAAUGACAAUGAAAAGGGGAAAACAAAAAGAGGGGAAAAAUCAAGGUUUAACACAAACAAACAAUACAGAUCAGGGUUAUUUCAAUUUCAUCAGAUGCAGCACAAAGCCUGUGGGAGUAAAGCGGUAUAGUGUAGGAUGAGACAUGUAAUGACUUGCAGUGCUAUGAUACAGGGCAGAAUGGUAGAAUUACUGGAAUGACAGCAUGAGUUGGGGCAGAGACCUGUGGCUUCACAUAAAAACGCUCGCAAGCACCUGAAAAUUCUCACGAAUCUUUGUCUGCCCACAAUGCCAACGCUGACGUUCUUGUGCUUAGCAACAAAAUACAUCACAUGUUUAUUUUAACACACUUUGGUGUGUCUUUCACAACCUAGGGAUAAUUUAAAAUAUAUUAAUCACUCAAGAAUUUUACAACAUGAGGAAAAAUAAGCUUAAAAGCUUUAGUAACAUAUGGAGGCUAUUGGUACUUGAAUUAUGUUUAAACAACCAAGAUGCUAAAAACCAAUGUGUUCUGGACUCUAAAAAGAAAUGAAGGCUCUGACUGAUACUUACUCAUAACAAUACAAUGAGAAGUGAGCGGUGAUUGGCUGAAUAUUUACCAGAUACACUUGUUUGUGAACUGAAACUUCAGUAACACCAGUUGCACUUUGAAGAUGCACACGCACAAGUGCUGUUUAAUCUUGCUCUUCAUUUGUGUGGAAGGUGUGUUUGGUGCUGCUCCAGAUGUAAUGAAGUCGGUGACUGAGGGAGAUUCUGUCACUCUAAACACUGAUGUUACUGAACUACAGAGAGAUGAUCAGAUACUGUGGAUGUUUGGACCUAAAGAGACUCGUAUAGCUGAAAUCUAUAAGCUUGUGAUUGAUAUGUUUAACAGUCAUGAGAUAUUUGGAGACAGACUGAAGCUGGACAAUCAGACUGGAUCUCUGACCAUCAGAAACACCAGAAGCACAGACUCUGGGCUUUAUAAACGACAGAUCCGCAGCAACAGAGGGAACUCAGACAAGAUAUUUAAUGUUACUGUCUAUGCUCAUCUUCCUGUUCCUGUAAUCAGCAGUAAUUCUUCACAAUGUUCUUCAUCUUCAUCAUCCUCAUCCUCAGAGCAGAAUUGUUCAUUGGUGUGUUCAGUGGUGAAUGUGGGUCAUGUGACUCUCUCCUGGUACAAAGGAAACAGUUUAUUGUCCAGCAUCAGUGUGUCUGAUCUCAGCAUCAGUCUCUCUCUACCUCUGGAGGUGGAAUAUCAGGAUAAAAACAGCUACAGCUGUGUGCUCAACAAUCCCAUCAGCAACCAGACUCAACAUCUCAACAUCACUCAGCUCUGUAAAUGUCCAGACAUCCCGAGCCGUUCUUCGAGUGUGACGCCAUCGUUGAUUUAUGCUGUGGUGGGCGUGGCCUCUGUUGCUCCGUUUUUUUUACGUCAGAUCUAGAAUGGAUGUGAACAAGAAAAAGCCAGCAUCACAGAGAAGGGUAUAUACAAAGUAACGUGACCGCAAACUAAACCAACAGGAUACUAGAACUGCGUUCCUGAAACUGCAGCCAUCGCUAUAUUGGCCAGUACGGUAGGUGGCGCUGUCAGGAAAAACUAGGGUCCUAGAACUGCGGCCCAGAUCUGCGGUCCUGAAUCUGCAGCCUCCGGUUGUGCAGGAACAUUCUAUUGGCAUCACAACCUC